AUGCAUGACCACAAAGGCCACGAUACAGUUGCAGCUGCAGCUGAGAGAACUGAGAAACAGAAUCAGCUGAAGGAGGUUCAGAGGAAAUCCCGGCAGAGACUCCAGCAGAAAGAGAAGAAGCUGCAGGAGCUGAAACAGGCUGUGGUCACUCUUAAGCGCUCUGCACAGGCAGCAGUGGAGGACAGUGAGAGGAUCUUUACUGAGCUGAUCCGCUCCAUUGAGAAAAAGCGCUCUGAGGUAACAGAGCUGAUUAGAACUCAGGAGAAGAACCAGCUGAGACAAACUGAAGAACUCCUGGAGAACCUGCAGCAGGAGAUUGAUGAUCUAAAGAGGAGAAACACUGAGCUGGAGCAGCUUUCAGUCACAGAGGAUCACAUCCAAUUCCUCCAGAGUUUCCAGUCUCUGAGUGUCUCUUCUGGGUGUGAGGACUCCUCCAGCAUCACUGUCCAUCAACAUCCCUCAUUUGAUGGAGUGAGGAAAUCUCUCUCUGAUCUAAAAGAGAGACUAGAGGAAUUCUGCAAGGAGGAGUUCAGUAAAAUCUCUCUACAUGCUGCAGCAGUUCAGACCAUCUUAUCCUCAGAGCCAAAAACCAGAGAAGAUUUUCUACAGUAUUUCUGUCGACUGACUCUGGAUCCCAACACUGUAAAUCAUCAACUCAGCCUGUCUGAGCAGAACAGAGUGGUGACAGACAGAGGAGGAAAGCAGCGUUACUCUGACCAUCCAGAGAGAUUUGACUACUGGACUCAGGUGUUGUGUAAGGAGAGUGUGAGUGGACGCUGUUACUGGGAGGUUGAGUGGAGUAGCGGGGAUUGGGGGCUGCACUGGGAAUUGAGAUGGGUGUCCAUAUCAGUGUCAUAUAAAGGGAUCAGCAGGAGAGGACGGGUUAUUGAAUGCAGGUUUGGACACAACAAUCAGUCCUGGAGGCUGGACUGUUCUAAAACUCUCACUUUCUGGCACAACAACAUUAAGACUGAGCUCUCAGCUCCAUCAUCCUCCAGAAUAGGAGUGUAUGUGGAUCACAGUGCAGGAACUCUGUCCUUCUACAGCGUCUCUGACACAAUGACCCUCCUACACACAGUCCACACCACAUUCACUCAGCCGCUCUACGCUGGGUUUGGGCUCGGUCCGGGAUCAUCAGUUAAACUGUGUGACUCAUUCAUGAAAUAAAAAUAAACAAUGAAGGUUUAUGUUGUCUAAUGAAAAUGAAAUCUCUGGGUUUGGUAGUAUAUUAUUUGUGCAGGUAGUAAAAUAUUACAAAUCUGUAAAAAAAGACGUCUGAUUACUCACUGUAAUGGCAUUUUAUAUUGAAUAAAGACUU